UAUGGUCACAUGUUCUCCUUCUUGUUACUCUUGUGCAGCCUCCAUGCCAAACUGCUUUUGCACCCCCCUGUUCCCUCUAUUCAUUGUUCGCUCCAUCUCUCUCAGCAUCACUCCCUGGGAUCCCCCCCCCCAAACCCAUGUUUGCCAGAGUGCUUAGCUGCCACUUUCACUCAUUUAAUGUGCAUCUCUCGAGAACAUUAGCUCUCCUGCUUGACCAGGAGCGGACUGUUUUGUAUCCCUGCAUGUGAGUGGAUUGCUAAAAUGUCCCGGACCUCUGUAAUCUAGUCAAGGUUCAUUCCGCUGCUCUGGAUGGAGAUUGGUCAGGUUGAUGUGGAGUGGGGGUCGAAAUGAGAAGCAGUCCACCACCCCCUCUCGCCUACCUCCUUCCGUUAAAUCCCGGUUAACAGAUUAAUAAUCUUUGGGCAACAUCGUGCCGGGUGUGAACAAACGGAGGGCAACAAUGAAAUGAUAGAGUCCCUGUGGGGUGUCUCCUCAAUCUUAAUCCCUUUUUCCAUCCCUAUCUCUCUUGCUUUCUCUCUCUCUCCUUCUCUUUCUCUCUCGCUCACUCGCCCUCACUGAGAGCUCCUCUCCCAUCCAUCAACACGAGCGGCUCUCCACUGUCACUUGACAAACCUACAAUUAUUGGCUAUUUAAUAUUUCAGGAGCUGCAAGAAUUACUCUCUCUCUCUUGCGCUCCUCCUGUCACAUUUUGACUUAUUCUUUGGCAUGUCCCCAAGCUUUUUUUUUUCUCAGCAGGAUGUUUUUAAAAGAGCAUCAGGGGUUGAUUGCUGGCAGUAUACUUCUUUGAGUGGGUAAAUAUUUCACGAGCGGCGGCGAGAAGCGGCAGAACACAAAAAGAGAAGCCUUCCAACACAACUGUCAGAGGGUGGAGGAGGGGAUCGAGUGACGGUGGACAAUGGCUACCAUGACGACGGUGCCCAGCUAUACCCCUUCCCUUUGGGUGCGGCUGUGUCAUGCUAUCCCCCGGCUAGACCUCACCAUGCAAAUGAGGGACAACCUCUUUGCCCCUGACAGCUGGGAGUACCAGCAGACCCUGCUGGUUUUGUCCAGUUUAUCGGCCAUCGCCCUCGUUAUCUCCCUCUUGGUGGUUCUGUCCUUCCUCAUACACUACUGCUGCUGUCACCGCGGUGACCGCGGCGAGGGAUCCGAGGAGGAGGAGGAGGAUGAAGACGGCAGCACGGGUCACGGCUACAGCGGGAAGAAGGGGCGAGGGAUCUGCUGCGUCACGUGGGUGGCCGUGGCGUCUGUCACGCUGUGCUGUGUUGCCAUAGGCAUCGGCUUCUAUGGCAACAGCGAGGCUAAUGAUGGGAUGUAUCAGUUGACCUCGUCUCUUCUCACAGCCAAUUACACGCUGGCUUCCAUCGAUUUGCUGAUCUCAGACACAAUCAACGGGCUGCAACUGUCUGUCUCUGGUCCGCUGACCACAAUGGAGGAGAUGUUUACGGGCAGCAAACCCUUCCUGGUUUCCACGCGGAACUGCCGCAGGUUAUCUGAAAACGUGAUCAACCUCCUCUCCUCCAUCUCUGUGGCCCGGUCCGGCUUGGAUGCGGGGCCGGGGAACGAUAGCGGCGUCAGCGGGGCCUCCAUCAUACCUCUGACCCCGGUGCCGCCCUCGGUGGCCCCCACGGUGGCGCCUUCGGGGGGCUUGAUGCCCGGCCCCUUUUCACCCGGCUGGGCGGCCAACACGUUAAUGAUGAAUGAGGACUACAGGUGGUUGUCAUACGUCAUGCUGCUGCUGCUUGACCUCGUUGUGUGUCUGUUCAUCCUCCUUGGACUGGCCAAGCAAGCUCGAUGGCUGCUCAUUUUGAUGACAGUGCUGGCGUGGCUGGCUCUCUUCCUAAGCUGGGGCUCGCUAGGCUUGGAGACGGCCACUGUGGUGGCCCUCAGCGACUUCUGCACCGAUCCAAGCAUGUUCGUGCUCAACUCCACUAACUUCAAUACGGGAACCAGCUCAGAUGUGCUGGAUUAUUACCUGACCUGCAGCCGACGGAUGAACAGUCCAUUCCAGCAGCUCCUCACCCAGUCACAGAGGGCGCUGUCAAACAUCCACACACACCUUUCCAGUGUGGAACGUAACGCUCUCACACAGUUCCCCAAAGCCGAGAAAUCUCUCAGGGAUGUUCAACAGAUACUCAACAGCACAGAGGGCAACUUCCAUCAGCUGGUGGCGCUUCUGAACUGCCGAGGCCUCAACAAGGACUACAUGGACUCACUGAAAGGCCUGUGCUACGACGGGAUGGAGGGACUGCUCUAUCUCUCUCUUUACUCGUUCCUCUCGGCUCUGGCCUUCACUGCCAUUCUCUGCUCUCUGCCCGGUGCCUGGAGGAGCUUCCCCAGCGAUUCGGAAGAGUACGAGGACUCGGACAGCGAGAGUGAGGACCCCUUCACCUCCCAUCAGGCACGUAGACAGGCGGCCUCGGGGUCUCAGCGCGGGGCCAUGGCCCCCUUCUAUAAUUACCCGGGGGCCGGGUGGACACCCCCCUUUUCUAGUGCGCCGCCCCUCCCGACUCCAAACGUUUCCUCCAAUGGCAACCCUGGCUAUGAGAGCCUCCCCUUGACUGACAGGCAGUCCCCACCCCCCUCUUACUCUCCCAGCAUGCUGACUGGUUACGGGGGAAGUCAAUCACACCCCAACCCUGCCCAUUCGAGGAACCUGUAUUCACGUUGAUAACUAUUUUUUCUUUUCUUAGGAAAUGUAUAGAAGAAAACAAAUGUUUACUUUUCAUAUGAAUGGACACUUUAAAAUGAACGGAAACUAAUCUAAAACAAAACAACAAAGGCUUUAGUGUUGCGUAUAACGUCGGUACCACUGAGUAUUAUUGUUCUGACAAUUCUGAUUAUUAAAAGCACUUAUAAAAAAGAAAAGGCGGAGUAAAAAAAGACUGUGGACACGCUGGUAGGAUGUGAAACCAAACUCUCCCUUUGUUUGUCCAAACUGUGUAAACUGUGAACAGUGGUGAGGCAAGUGGAGAAUGGUAUUAAUGUGACUACGUUAUGUAGUUUUGUAUUCUUCAAUGUAUCACCCAUUUAUUUGAAAGUUGUUUUAUAUACAUAUAUAUAUAUAUAUAUAUAUAUAUAUAUAUAUAUAAAUAUGAAAUUGUUGUAGAAAAAGCACUGGCACGUAGCAACAAAGCACAUUUUUUUUCUGUCAAUGGUUAUGCAGUUCCCCCCUCACUUGAUAUAUAUUUUUUAUUAUUACUUUUUAUAGGUGGUAAUUCUGUAUUUUCUGUGUAUUACCUUAUGGUAUUCUGUAUAUGUCACUGUCUAUAUCUAAAUAAUAAUCAUUUCUCUUAAAAGAAAAUAACCAUGGUUAUAUAACCAUGGACAGCCUAGUUUGAACAGAGAACCCCAUGCAGCAACAGCAGGUACAUAGCAAUAAACCAAUGUACAGUGGAUAUGAAGUGGACACACCCCUGUUCAAGCGGCAGGUUUUUGUGAUAUCAAAAAAAGAGGCCCAGAUAAAUGGUUUCAAAAUGUUUUCCACCAUUAAUGGAAACUGUACAACUAAAAAAAUAAAAGAGAAAAUUCAAUCUUUUCAAGAGAAAACAAACAACUGAGAUGAUAGGGGUGCUCAAGUGUGCACACCCUCUUAUAACUGGGGAUGUUUAUCACUUGUACAUUUUUACUUGCCCUCUCGAACUAAUUUAAUUUUGUUUUCAAUUGGUUAUAAUUAUAGGUCACAUUAAUUGUCAAAAAAGUUUUGAAAUUAUUUAUCUUAGUCGAAUUUUUUUUUCAUCACAAAAACCUGACAUUUAAACAGGGGUGUGAAGACUUUACAUAUCCACCAUAUAGCACAGCAUUGGGUCUCCGGGAUGUUUUUGUGUGGAUUACGGUACGUUGGAGAUUUCCUUGAAUCCUCCCACCCUCUCUCCUAACUGACCAUCUUAACCCCGCCAAUUGAGUUUGUACUCUCAAUGCUCCUUUUGAAUGGCAUCCUUUUACACUCAAGAGUCUAAUAUGAAUAAUAAUAAUAAAUAAUAAUAAAAAAAUAACUACAAAAACCUGACGCUCAAUCUGUUUUUGCCAGUCAUUGAACUCAGACAAUGCAAGUUUAGAACAACAAACAUUUUAUUAUAAAUACAUUUCAACGUUAUAAACUUGGGUCUCCAGUCAAUAAGCCACGAGUGUGCACAACAGACAACUCUAAUUGGAUAUGCAU